GUUUCCGAGGACGCCCACGGGAAGCGGGUGCCCCUUCCUCUCCUGCAGCUCCGCCUGGUCCAGUGCCGGAGAACGCCGGGGACCACCCCAGCCAGACCAUCGGGCUUGACUUUGACCGUCGCGCCUCUGGCCUUGGGCCCGCUGCCAGGCAACGGAGCGCUUCCCCGGUCCAGUGGCGGAGCUGCACUCCUGCUGCCCGUCUUGCGCAGGUCGGCACAGAUCCUCCGCCGAUCCAGGCCGGGUUUUGCGGCGGAAUCGAAGCGUGCCGAUUCUUCUGUCGCUCUAGGUGGCUGUCGGCGUUUGGAGAUCAUGGUGGUGGACGAACUGUUGACUGCGCUCUCUGGCGUCUCCGGGGCUGCUCUGGCCUGCUGCUUCAUGGCAGCGGCUGUGGCCCUGCAUUGGUCUGGUCGCCGAACAGCGCGGGGUGCGGCGACCCGGGCGCGACAGAGACAGCAAGCGGCCCUGGAAAGUAUGGAUAAGGCGGCGCAGCGCUUCCGGCUCCAGGUAACUGUAGAAGUCGGGGAGGCAUCAGGUGGGGGUACCCCCAGCAGCACUUACAGCUGCCCAGACUCGUGGAGGGGUUUAGUUCCAGCCCUUCCCUGGGUGAUCUGCCAACAAGGUUUUCUCUUCUGGAUCAGCUCAGCCUGGGAAGUGAACAAAGGGACCAACUGUGUGACCACCUACUUGGCAGACUGUGAGACUCAGCUGUCCCAGGCCCCAAAACAGGGCCUGCUCUAUGGUGUCCCUGUGAGCCUCAAGGAGUGCUUCAGCUACAAGGGCCAGAACUCGACACUGGGCUUGAGCCUGAAUGAGGGGGUGCCAGCAGAGUGUGACAGCGUGGUGGUGCAGGUGCUGAAGCUGCAGGGUGCUGUGCCCUUCGUGCACACCAACGUCCCCCAGUCCAUGCUCAGCUAUGACUGCAGUAACCCCCUCUUCGGCCAGAGCACAAAUCCGUGGAAGUCCUCCAAGAGCCCAGGUGGCUCCUCAGGGGGCGAGGGGGCCCUCAUUGGAGCUGGAGGCUCCCCCCUGGGCCUUGGCACCGACAUCGGAGGCAGCAUCCGCUUUCCCUCCUCCUUCUGUGGCAUCUGUGGCCUCAAGCCCACGGGGAACCGCCUCAGCAAGAUUGGCCUGAAGAGCUGUGUUUAUGGACAGGUGGCAGUACAGCUGUCAGUCGGCCCCAUGGCCCGGGACGUGGAGAGCCUGGCACUGUGCAUGCGAGCUCUGCUGUGUGAGGACAUGUUCCGCUUGGACCCCACCGUACCCCCCCUGCCCUUCAAGGAGGAGGUCUACACAAGCUCUCGGCCCCUGCGUGUAGGGUAUUAUGAGACAGACAACUAUACCAUGCCCACCCCAGCCAUGAAGCGGGCUGUACUGGAGACCAAGCAGAGCCUUGAGGCUGCUGGCCACACGCUGGUUCCCUUCCUGCCAAGCAACAUACCCUACGCUCUGGAGACCCUGUCGAUAGGUGGGCUGUUCAGUGAUGGUGGCACCACCUUCCUACAGAGCUUGCCUCUGCCCAGGUCUGUUGAAAAGCUCUGGGAACUGCAGCAUGAGAUCGAGCUGUACCGCAACUCCGUGAUCGCCCAGUGGAGAGCGCUGGACCUGGAUGUGCUGCUCACCCCCAUGCUGGGCCCUGCUAUGGACCUGAAUGUCCCAGGCAGAGCGACAGGGGCUGUCAGCUACACUCUGCUCUACAACUGCCUGGACUUCCCAGCGGGGGUGGUGCCUGUCACCACUGUGACCGUCGAGGAUGAGGCCCAGAUGGAACAUUACCGGGGCUACUUUGGGGAUAUCUGGGACAAGGUGCUGCAGAAGGGCAUGAAGAAGAGCGUGGGGCUGCCUGUGGCCGUGCAGUGCGUGGCUCUGCCAUGGCAGGAAGAGUUGUGUCUGAGGUUUAUGCGGGAGGUGGAGCGACUGAUGACCCCUGAAAAGCGGCCAUUCUGACUGCUGCCUGCCCAGCUGCCUGGCUGGCUCCAGAGGACCUGAGACCCACUCGAUCCACGUGCAUUCUAGUCAGGGCACAGCUACCACCCUGAGAGGAAAUGGUCAGCGUGGGGGCAGAGACUUCCAUGUCCCCUCUUCCUCCUCUCCAUAAGAAGCCCAGACCCCCUGAGUGUGGACCUUGCACCCCGAUCUCUGCCCUGGUCCCCAGUCUCUGCCCUGACCCCUCCCCCGCCAUGUGGCAGCAGCUAAUGGGUAUGACAUGGGCAAAGGCCCUCUAACAGUUAAAUUGUUUCUA